AUGUCCUCUCGGUCCAUAACGAUCGUGUCGUCUGGAUGGAGCACCGGGACGGACUUCACAGGUUUGAGGUCGUACGCGACUCGCCUCUCCUCAAAGCCCGAACCGUCGCUGGAGGACGACGGGGAGUCCGGCAUCGGCUCCACCCUUGACCUCAGCCGAAGCUUUGAGAGAAACAGACAACAUACCAAUCAGCGCUCCGACGAACCCCCCCCUGCAGAGGCAGGCGCCCCCCCGAGAGAGACAGACAACUCGACUCAGACCCCGGGAGUGACUUCGGACAGGAUCAAGCAGCUCUUUAAAAACCUGUCCAAGAUCCCUCUGCUCUUCAUUCUCCUCUUCCUCUUUGUUUGCUCCUUGGACACGCUGAGCUCUGCCUUCCAGCUAGCAGGGGGUAAAGUGGCCGGGGACAUUUUCCAGGACAGCGCGGUGCUGUCGAACCCCGUGGCAGGACUGGUGGUGGGGAUCCUGGUCACCGUGCUGGUUCAGAGCUCGUCAACGUCCACCUCCAUUGUGGUCAGUCUGGUGGCCUCGGGAUUGCUGGAAGUGAGGUCGGCCGUUCCGGUCAUCAUGGGCUCCAACAUCGGGACGUCGGUCACAAACACCAUCGUGGCCAUGAUGCAGGCGGCCGAGCGAGCCGAGUUUCAGCGGGCCUUCGCCGGGGCGACAAUUCACGACUGCUACAACUGGCUGUCGGUUCUCGUUCUGCUGCCGCUGGAGGCGGCGACUGGACUGAUGUCCCGGCUAUCUUUCACACUGGUCUCCAGCUUUAAGCUCCAUUCCGGGGAGGAAGCGCCCGAGCUGCUCAAGGUCAUCACCGAGCCGGUCACCAGGCUUAUUAUCCAGCUGGACAAGUGUGUAAUCACGGGGCUCGCCAUGGGAAAUGAGGACAUGAGGAACAGGAGCCUGGUGAGGAGAUGGUGCCAGCCUGACCUUUCAGCUGGCAAUUUCAGCAGCGAGGACUGUGGCAACGGUUACGACUCGUCGCCGUCGCCACUCGUCAAGUGCAGACAUUUGUUCGCCUCCUCUGACCUGUCUGACCUCACGGUGGGCCUCGUCCUGCUGGCAGCGUCCCUGGCCGUCCUCUGCACAUGUCUGCUGCUCCUGGUCAAAAUUCUGAACUCUCUCCUCAGGGGCCACAUGGCAAAGGUCAUUCACAAAGUCAUUAACACAGACCUGCCGCAUCCCUUUGGGUGGCUGGCCGGCUACGUUGCGAUGCUCGUUGGUGCAGGAGUGACAUUCGUGGUCCAGAGUAGCUCAGUCUUCACCUCUGCCAUAACUCCUCUAAUAGGUAUUGGCGUGAUCAGCCUGGAACGGGCCUAUCCUCUCACGCUGGGGUCCAACAUUGGCACCACUGCCACAGCGCUGCUCGCAGCUCUCGCCAGUCCUGGAAACAAGCUGGCUGCAGCCAUACAGAUUGCUCUGUGUCACCUCUUCUUCAACGUUUUCGGCAUUCUGCUGUGGUACCCGCUUCCAUUCAUGCGCUUGCCGAUCAGGAUGGCGGGCGCUCUGGGAGCGCGCACCGCCAAAUACCGCUGGUUUGCGGUGCUCUACCUCCUGGUCUGCUUCCUGCUCCUUCCGUCGCUGGUGCUGGGCCUCUCGCUGGCCGGCUGGCGGGUGAUGGCUGGCGUCGGGGCUCCCUUUCUGGGCGUGACCCUCUUCAUUGGCCUGAUUAAUGUGAUGCAGGCCCGCAGCCCACAGCGCCUGCCUAAAAAGCUCCAAAACUGGGACUUCCUGCCCAGGUGGAUGCGUUCCCUCAAACCGCUUGAUCGCGUCGUCACCAAGGCAACAGUCUGCUGCGGCGCAACAUGUGAGGAUCAACUGGCAGAAGAGGAAAAUGAGCCCGACUCAACCGAUGUGACUCCCGUCAGCGGUCAGACGGAGUCUGUUCAGAGGAAGCAGAAGCUGGCCUACAGCAACCCCGUCCUGGACUGCCUGGACGAGAGCAGACCGGGUGUACGGGUCUUCAGACUGAAAGGCCUAGAGAGAUGCAACAGCACUCCGCUGUAG